AGCUUCAAUUCUUUUAGCUCUUUAAAGUAUCACAAAAAUGGCGACGUCAUCGAUGCUAUUAACUAACGAGAAGGCGGUUGAACAGCAAUCAAUAACAGACCACGGCAGUUCCUUUGUCAAGAUCAUAAACAUUAACGAUGACAUUAGUGAAAAUGGCACGCUGCUAUGCGAUGAAAUACUUGAUAAAGAUGCACCUCGGAUUGAUUCUCCUGCUGAUGAUAAACUAACCUGGUUGCGCACUCAAAUUAUAGGUGGUAAUACAGAGAUUCAUACUCCUUUUGGAAAACGUAAGCUCACAUAUGCAGAUCAUACAGCCUCAAGUCGCUGUCUUCAAUACAUUGAAGACUAUAUAAUCAAGAAUGUUCUUCCCUUCUAUGGUAACUUCAUAUUUUCACUUCUGUUUCUAUUUCUCUUUUUACUUCAAAACCAUAUAUAUACCAUGAAUCCAUAUGAUUACAUCUCAAGAACGGAUCCUUUAAUAGCUUUGAGAUUUUUGUUGUUUCCAUUCAGGUAA